AAGCCCGGUCUCCGGGUAAGAUGGCAGCGGACGGACAGUGCUCGCUCCCCGCUUCAUGGCGGCCGGUGAUCCUCACCCACGUCGAAUAUCCUGCAGGUGAUCUCUCAGGCCACCUCCUUGCCUACCUGAGCCUCAGCCCUGUGUUUGUCAUUGUUGGAUUUGUGACCCUAAUCAUAUUCAAGCGGGAGCUACACACGAUCUCAUUUCUCGGGGGUCUGGGACUGAACGAGGGGGUUAACUGGCUCAUCAAACACGUCAUCCAGGAACCACGGCCCUGUGGAGGCCCCCACACGGCAGUGGGUACUAAGUACGGGAUGCCCUCCAGCCAUUCCCAGUUUAUGUGGUUCUUCUCUGUUUAUUCUUUCCUCUUCCUAUAUUUAAGAAUGCACCAAACGAAUAACGCCAGGUUCCUGGACUUGCUAUGGAGGCAUGUGCUCUCCCUGGGUCUCCUCACUGCAGCCUUUCUAGUCUCCUACAGCAGGGUCUACCUGCUGUACCACACCUGGAGCCAGGUGCUCUAUGGGGGCAUCGCCGGGAGCCUCAUGGCCAUCGCCUGGUUCAUCUUCACCCAGGAGGUCCUCACCCCGCUCUUCCCCAGGAUAGCAGCCUGGCCUAUCUCUGAGUUCUUCCUAAUCCGAGACACAAGCCUCAUUCCCAAUGUGCUCUGGUUUGAGUACACAGUAACCCGGGCAGAAGCCAGGAACAGACAGCGCAAAUUGGGGACAAAGCUACAAUGACUGGUGGGUGUGGCUGGGUCCAGCUUCCAGGUCUGGCCUGCACGAUGCCUUGCAGGUUGAAGGGAAUGACGGACAGAAGGUCGAAGCAAAGAUGUCUACAUACCCAAGUCACCAAGUGGAGCCUUUUUUUUUCUUGUUUUAAUUU